GGCUGAAUUCAGUGUCGCCUGUGUCGCCGGCCGCGUCACCCGAAAAAAAAAGUUUACGAUUCGGUGAACUGUCAGAAUUUGGCGCGCGUUUAACUUUUGUGUGUUUUUGGUGUCAUGGAGUGCAAUGGAUAAUAUUAUUAUAUUACACUUUUUAACGUUCUAAAAUGAUAUUUAUUUAAUAUUAUUAUGGAAGAAAGUGCUUUAAAAGUGUUUUAAAGUGUAUUUUGCUCAAUUUAACUAAGUAUUUAAAGUACAUUUUAGUGUAAAACUUAAACGAAAUUCAAUAAAGUAAGACGUAAUCGUAAAAGUACUAAGAAAUACUAAAAAGUUUCGAACAAACCAAUGGAUAUUGUUUAAAAAACCACGUGUGACGUUGAAAAAAUAUAAACUUAUUUCAAGUAAAACCUAUUAAAAAUGAGUUACAACACAAUUUACGAUAGUUAUAACAACAAUAACUACAAAGAUUAUGAAUUUCAAAAAGAUGAAAAAGAAAUGUUAAACGAACAGUGUUGCCAAGUGAAAAAUGAGCAUAAAAACGGGGAAAUCAUGGAGGAGAAAGAGGAUGGUCAUGUCCAACACGUUCUGGGGCCCAGCAGAAGAUGUUUAGCUUGGGCUUGCAAAGCCUGUAAGAGAAAGACUGCGGCAGUCGACCGACGGAAAGCUGCAACACUGAGAGAGCGGCGGCGGCUACGCAAAGUAAAUGCAGCCUUCGAAGAGUUACGCAUCAGAGCGCGAGCUGGUAGCGGGAGACUGCCCAAGCUGGAGAUAUUACGAGCUGCCAUACAGCAUAUAGAGAGACUGCAGGCUGCUUUAAGAGCUGCUGCUGUGUUGGAGUCUGAGAGCUGCAAGAGUUACAUGGAGUCACCCGUGACGUCACAACGCACUUAUGAGACGAGAGACUUGAAGACAGAGAAAGAAAAACCCUUCCUAAGCAAUGACACAAGUUCUUGUGGAGUAAACAGUUUAGCUAGGUUAAGAUGCAUCGUGCAAGCACUUUCUAGUAAUAAAGAUACACCAUGACAACCUUAAUUUAUAAUUAUAAAUAUUUAUUUAAAAAUACUAGUAAACAGAUGACAUUGCCUUAAUCGAAUGAAGCGCCACCUACUGAGUGUAAAUUGUCGACGAAAACUAUUAAGGAAGCUACUGCAUGUAAAGACAUUUAAUAUUUUUUAAACUAAAAUAUUGUUCUUAGGUUUUGUUACUAAAUAAGUAGAAAAAUUCAGUUAAUUUCGCGCGUACUUAAUAUCGAGGCAUAAGCUUAGAUCACGACUACCGUUUAGCUUGCUCCCGUCGGAAUUUUACAUAACUUGCUACUCUUUUUUAUGGUAAAAGUUGGUAAAAGAGCAGACGGAUCAUUUGAUGGUAAGCAAUCUUCACCGCCCAUGUACACCCAUAACACCAGAGGCGUUACAAAUGCGUUACCGGCUUUGGGGGUUAGGAAUGUAAGGGUUGUUGGGGAAUCGGGAAUUGGGAAGGAGGAUAAUUGGGCCUACGGUAACCUCACUCACACAACGAAACACAACGCAAGCGUUGUUUCACAUCGGUUUUCUGUGAGGCCGUGGUAUCACUCCGGUCGAGCCGGCCCAUUCGUGCCGAGGCAUGGCUCUCCCACACUUAAAACUCGCAGUGGUUAUACAGUCUGUCAGUCACUCAAUCACCAAGAGCUUUUAUAAUGGAGAUGUCCAUUCGCAAUACAUAAUAUUUUUGUAGUGCAAUAUCGAUAAAACUAUUUAUAGAAUAGUUUUGUUAGUCACACCGUUUAUAACUCGAAAACGGCGGGUCAGAAAUUCAUCAUCUUUGAUUUGUUAGAUGCGUCUCCGCCCUGAAUAGCUGAAGAGCUAUUAAAAUGUUUGAAAACAUUUCACUAAUAAGAUUUCUUUAAAUUUUUUUACGUGAGUACUUUGAAGAUUUUAAUAGUAAAAUUGUUGUAAACUAAAAUCCGUUGCGUGCGAUGCGUACGAUACGGACCUGUGGACGCGUGCCUUAAAGCUCCUUAUAUUUGAGAAAGAAAUGAAUACCGUACCUACUAAAAAACGGAUAUAAUUCUGUCAAACCGUUGUCGAGUUAUUCAUAGCUAUUUUAUAAAUGGUGUAAAUAUUACUAUUAUUAUAUUAUUUUAUAGAUAGUCGUAGAUUAAUAUUUAUUAAUGUGAUGUUGACUGUAUUUAAGUUUAUAAUGCAAGAAAUACAAAGUCUAUGUUUGAAUAAUAGAUAGGUUGUGCCAGAAAUGCUCAAUAUUUGAGAAUAAAAAUAAUUUUAUAUGCUUU